AUGCAGCUCACGCUCAUUUUCACCACACUCGUUACAUUUGCUGCUAUUGCGGCGUCACAUUCAACACCAAAAUUGGUCAAAAAACAUACUUCUCUGGCUAAGCGCCAGGAACUUUCCUCCAACCUCAUUGGUCAUCUUAAACCCAGGCUUGGGAUGCCCGAUACACCUGAUAAACCUGAUGAUCCUGACUCGGUUGACUUUGGCGAUAUGCCUGAUACACCUGACUCGGUUGAUUAUGGUGAUGCACCUAAUUUUCUCGUGUUGUCUCUCCUCCCAUUUCCUCAUCCCGCCAGCUCCUCUGACUCUGACUCCUCCGACUCUGACGAUAAGUCCGUCGAUUCUGACUCCUCCGACUCUGAUUCCGACGAUAAGUCCGUCACUUCUGACUCUUCCGACUCUGAUUCCGACGAUAAGUCCGUUGCUUCUGAUUCCGACGACUCCGAUUCCGACGAGAAGUCCGUUAAUUCUGACUCCACCGCCGAUGCUGAUGCAAGCGGCGAAGCCAACGAUAACAAUGACAUUGAUAAUGAUGACACAGGGAGUGAGGAGCGCGGGAUGCGCGAGGAGGCUGAAUCUUACCAUGCCCACAAGAGAAGGUCUAACACAAUAGACAGUGGCGACACGGGGCGCGAGGAUGUUGGAUCCCACUAUGCCCACAAGAGACAUCCCAGCUCCCGCGUCAACUCUAAAUCCGUUGUCUCUGACUCAACCAAUGGAGGCGACGACAGUGACAGUGGUGACACGGGGCGUGAAGACGUUGGAUCUCAUCGCGUUCACAAGAGAAGCCCCAACUCCCAUGACUCUGAGUCCUCCGUCUCUCAUUCACCCGACGAAAGCGACAACAGUGACAGCGGCGACACGGGGCGUGAGGAUGUUGGAUCUCAUUACGUUCACAAGAGAAGUUCCAACUCCCGCGACUCUAAGUCCUCUGCCUCUCAUUCAACCGACGAAAGUGAUAACAGCGACAGCGGCGACACGGGGCGUGAGGAUGUUGGAUCUCAUUACGUUCACAAGAGAAGUUCCAACUCCCGCAACUCCAAGUCCACUGCCUUUCAUUCAACCGACGAAAGUGACAACAGCGAUAGCGGCAACACGGGGCGCGAGGAUGUUGGAUCUCAUUACGUUCACAAGAGAACUUUCGAAUUAGGAAAGGGUUGCGAGAAGACGUAUUGGGUUUAA